AUUAGUAAUGAAGACUUCUGUGACAGAAACAUAAUUGUGAUAAUUUUUUUAUACUGAGUAUAAAAUACAAUUUUUGGUGAUUAAUUUGUAACAUAAAAUUGACAUGAAAUCGUUUUGUGAGAGAUGAGUGUCUUCGGGGAUUUUCAACGUGUGUGGGUGCAACGAUUUCCAGAGAGUGCUUUACCAGCCGCUUGGGAGGAAGAUGUCAGGGCCAAUUUGGCUAAACACAAACAGAAAGUGGCUAUACUCAGAGAGGAGUUAGAGAAAGAAGAGUUCUACGUGGAGUAUCUGGAGACCCUGUUGUCUGAUGUGGAGAAACAUAAGACAGCGUCGCUGGGGAAAGGGGUGCCGCCCUCGGGAGUUGACGUGAGCGAGGCUGAUGAUAACGCGGCUGAUAUCAAGCAGGUUUCCAACACAGACUCAUUAUCCAAGAAGAGCAUAACGAGUCUAACAAGUAGUAAAAGCGAUGAGUCUGCCCCUGAGACGACUGAAGCCGAACCAGUACAGUUGAGGAGCAAGCCAAAUAAGCCCCUGCAUGCCGAGAGGAGCUCCGUCAACCAGUGCAUCAAUGAGCUCUCUUCUAAUUUGGUGGCCGAGGCAGCUCGGAGAAGAUGCAACAGUGAAGUAGUGCAGCGAACUGAAAAUAAUCAGGAUACAAAUGCUUUAGAAGAAACGAGUCCGAGUCCAGCUAAAAACCGUCCAGCGUCACAAGCGGGUGAUUUUGUAACAGUCAUCGAAGUCAAUGGUCUGAAGGCAGCCGAGAAUGCGUCCAAGAAAGUCCAGGAAUCGCCGCCGUCUUCUGAGAGCAGCCCCGUGGAUCCCACGGCGGCUUCUAAGAAAAAAGUACCACCCAAACCUCCACCAAAAACGUUUGGCAAACGUGGCGCCUCGCUGCCAGAGUCGGACCUUCCCGGAGAUAGUCCACCAUCGUCGCUGGGGCGGAGACUCCGUGGUGCGGAGUCUCGGGAGUCCAUCGGCAGCAGAGCAUCCACGCCCUCCAUCAGUGAACGAGUGAAAAGCUACGAAUCCAUAAACUCCCUAUCAUCCGAGCGCAAACGCUCCGGCGGGGCGGCGACGCCGCUUUCCAUCGACGAGGAGGCGUCCACGCCCGACACGCCAGGGGAGACGGGCGGGGAGCCCGCCUCGCUGGAGAGCAUCCCCGCCGGGCCCGAGGACGAGCCCUACUACGACCAAGUGCCGCAGGACAUUAACGAUGGCGAAUACGUUUAUAUACAAGCAGGCGGUACGGGCUCUAGUGCGGACGACGCAUCAAGCGGCGCCAGCACGCUGGCGCUGUCGGCGCCGGCCGCGUCGCAGGCGCCCACCGCGCCGCGCGCGCCCGACUCGCCGCCCGUCGCCACCGCGCCCAACUACGUCAACAUACACUACUUCAUACAACAAGCGGGUGAAGGCGCGGAGGCGAACGAAGCCAACACAGAGUUAGCGGAUUCCAGCGACACACCGCUAUUGUUGAGGACGAUAUCAUCCGACACAGAGGCGAGCGCCACGCCGCCUGCCUUGAGGAAGCUACAGCACCAGGAAUCGAUCAAUAGCAGUAAUGCGGAGGCCGAGCGCCUUACCAUGCAUCGGUGCAUCGUCACCAGCAUUAUCGAGAGCGAGACCGUCUACGUCGAAUGCCUAUACGUUAUGGAAAAGUACAUGAACGCCAUAAAAGCGACGCUGUCGACGUCCCAGCCUGUGAUAACGGAGGAAGAGUUCAACACGAUAUUUUACAAAAUAUCCGAGCUGCAUGAGUUACACAAGAACUUCCUCGAGGGGCUGAAGGCCGCCGUCGCCAGUUGGGAAGAGCCUCUAUCUGUGGGAAGCCACUUUAAGAAAAUGGCGGAGAACAUAAACGUAUACGGCGCGUUCCUGCAUAACUACGGUCGCGCGACGGACGCCGUGCGACGCCGCUGCGCGAGCUCGCAACGCUUCGCCGACCUCACGCGCCAGAUCGCCUGCCGCGGCCAGCCCAUGUCGCUCGACGAUCUGCUGCACAAACCCGUCGCCAGAGUCCAGAAGAACGCCCUUGUCUUGCACGAUCUCAUAAAAUACACCCCUGCAAGCCAUCCUGACCACGCGAUGCUCACCGACGCACUCAACAUGACACAACACUUCCUCGACGAAUUUAAUAUUAUACAAACUAAAUCUAUGUUCCCUAAUGCAGACCGCGCCCAAAGAAGACUCGUCAAGAAUUCAUUUAUUGUAGAACUUUCGGAUGGACAUAGAAAAUUGAGGCAUUUAUUCCUUUUUAAUGAUGUCAUAGCUUGUGCCAAAUACAAGGCUUCAGGGCGUGAUAAGUUCACGUUCGAAUUGAAGUGGUUCAUCCAGCUGCCGGACAUCGUGGUGGUAGAGGAGGAGGUCGGCGCGGCGGACGCGCGGGAGACGUCCCCCGCCAACAUCGUGGCUCUCAAGUCGCAGGCAUCCACCGUGCGCGACCAGAUACUGGCUGAAGAGCGAGCCGCGCAGGAUGACAAGAAAAUCAGACUGGGUAGUCGCGGCACGGCAGAAAAGCAGCGUAAGAAGCUUGCAGAGCUAGAGGGGCAGCUAGUACUGGCAUCACCUAACCUGGUGCUACGGAUUGGAGCGCGCGCACCCGGCGCGUCAGCGCUGCAACGACACCACAUCUUCUUCCUCAGUUCCGAGUAUGAGCGCACGCAGUGGAUCGACUCUAUACAUGCAUUACAGGCAUCAUCGGCGCCACCAGGCGGCUCAGCGGCCGUGUCGAUGCUGGAGCUGCAGGCGUGGGUGACGGCGUGCCGCAGCUACCUGCAGACGGACAUGGGCUCGUACCUGCUGCGCAGCGGGCGCGACGACUCGCUGCUGCUGGGCGACCUGCAGCUGCACAUCACCGGCAUGACCGCGCCGCUAGACUCCUCCGCCGACUACUACAUAGUGGUGGAGGUAGACUCGUACGGGCACUACUUCCGCAAGGCGAAGUCGAAGCUGGUCUGCCGGACGGCGCAGCCGCGGUGGAACGAGACCUUCACGCUGGAGCUGGAGGGCUCGCAGAACCUGCGCCUGCUGCUGUAUGAGGACGCGGCGCGGCCCGUGCUGCGCGGGAAGUGCACUGUCAAGCUGUCGCGGUCCUGGGCGGCGGAGGCGGCGGGCGGCGGGGCGGCGCGCACGGUGGCGCUGGGCGGCGGCGCGCUGCCGCUGCGCCUGCGCCUGCUGCCGCCCGAGCACUCCGCGCGCCGCGUGCCCGCCGCCAAGCCCGGCACGCUCUUCGGCGCCAAGAUCACCAGCGUCGCCAAGCGUGAGAAGCGCAACAUCCCGUUCAUCAUCAGCGCGUGCGUGCGCGAGGUGGAGCGGCGCGGCAUCCUGGAGGUGGGCGUGUACCGCGUCUCCGGCAGCGCCUCCGACCUAGCGCGCCUGCGCAAGAGCUUCGAGACCAACGCUUACGAGGCAGAACAACUGCUGAAAGAAGUUGACAUCCACUCUGUGACCGGCGUGUUGAAGCUGUACCUACGAGAGCUACCCGAAGCGCUGUUCACUGAUGCGCUGUACCCUGAUUUUUUGAAAGCUUGGAGCGCAACACAGGGCGUAGGCACUUCAGUAGACUCCGGUCCGGCGCAUACGCGGCGGCAUGCGCUUAUGAAGUGUUUCGCGCAACUGCCCGACCUCAACAAGAAUUGCAUCGAUUUCCUGCUCAACCAUUUUGUCAAAGUGAACCAGCACGAGGCGGACAACAAGAUGUCGCUGCACAACCUGGCGACGGUGUUCGGGCCGACGCUGCUGCGGCCGGGCGGCGCGGCGGCGGGCGCCAAGCUGCGCGCCGACCAGCUGGCGGCCGGCACCGUGGACGCCAUGGCGCAGGCCGGCAUCCUCUACUGCCUGCUGCAGCAGCGCCAGCUCGCCGCGCAGCUCUCCUCCCACCACCGCGCCAACUGACCGCGCCCGACACUCGCACAAGUGCCCGACGACUGGACUCACCUAUCCCUACAGAAACUUGAAAUUUUACACCGCUAGAAACGGACCGCGCUAAGUUUUAAUGCGAAAUGCUAUGUCAAGUGUGCCGCUUCUAUGGAAUAAGUAUAUAUGUAUUUUUACCGAGUAUGUGCAAAGUUAUUGCGUCCGGAGUAGGAGUAUCUAUACUUUUUUUUGUUACUUUGGUUUUUUACUCCUUGCCGAUUUAAGAAAGGUGGCUUUCACACGUUAGGAAAAUGUUCGGUGCGAAAAUAUUGUUUUUAACACAUAUAAAUAAAUAAAUAUAAAUAUAAAAAAGUCUGUAAGUGGGCAGUGGUUUAUGGGAUGUUAAUGCUCUGGAACUUUUUUAAUUCUUGGGUGUUUUCUGAUUUCAAAAUCCUGACAAAUUAUAGGAUGGCGCUCGAUUUCUAUGCGUAGUACAUAUUGAAAUAUUGAGUCACACAAAAAUGGUACUAUACUAUUGUAAUACCACUUAAUUCACUAUCGCGUGCUAAAGAUAACAUUACCUUCCGCGAUUAAAAUGUUAAAUAUACUUAUAUCGAUAAUCGGUAUAAGAGUUAUAAGUGCUUUCAUUCCAAGUUUGCGUGUGACACUUACUUAUUUUUGAAUAAAGCAUCCUUAAUUUACAAUAUAUAUUAGUAUUUUUUGCACGACAGAGUGCUUAGUUAAAAUCGCAUACAUUUAAAAUUGUAUACUUCUUUUUAUAACUAACUUUGGCGUUUUGAUGUCUGCGUGAGGGAAACUACUUCUGAAAUGAACCUAGAAAUAACUUCCACGUCCUUCCGCGCGAACGCUUGUCCUUAUUAAAAUAUUUCCUGUUAACGAAUAGGCGUUAAGUUAGAUAGUCAACUCGAACGAGCCAAAACAUACUCAAACUACGGUUACAAUCAAAGACAAAUAUUUAAAAUGCCUUAGCGUUCGUGCAAAUUAGAAGUAAGUGUAAAUGUAAGAUUUUUUUCUAAAUUACAAUUUUUCUGAGUAUUCAUUUUUUGGUCACAAAAUGGUGGCCCAACAAAGUAUCGUAGCAAAUUGUAUUGGAGCCACCGGCUUCGCUCACACAAGUUUUCUCUUUUUAAUAACUCUAUAAGCGGACAUAGGUAGAUUUAUAUAAGGAAGGGUUGAAGAAUUAAUAGUUAGAAAUCUGU